ACUUUCUUCUUUUUUCUUGGAAAGAGAAUCGUCACUUUCUUCUACUCAUAUAUAUAAUUUUUUUUUUUUGUGAAAAAGAAUUAUGGGAGCAAUGGUACUACUUACCAUUUGUCUUCUCUUUAGUCUGCCACGAGUUUUCUCAGAAUUUACAUUUACCAGUCUAUCGUGUGGUUCUCCAAGAGGAACCACGUUUAAAGACAGAGAUACAGGUAUUAACUACAUUUCGGAUACGGACUUCAUAUCCACGGGUGUUGGGAGCGAGAUAAAAUCGUUGUACCAGACCACAACAGAGGCAAAACACUGGUACCUCCGGAGUUUUCCAAUCGGUUUCAGAAACUGUUAUACGUUUGAUUUGAACUCAGGAGAAAGGUAUCUGAUCAGGACAACUUUCCUACACGGAGGUUAUGACAACAACUCCAUUAGGCGGUUCGAGCUCCAUCUCGGGGUUAACCGAUGGACGACGGUAUCAACCGUCAACGAGACAGAAGAAAUUGUUUUUGAGAUGAUUCAUCUUUUGACCACUGACAGGUUACAAGUCUGUCUGGUCAAGACGGGGGAUUCAACGCCAUUCAUCUCCGGUUUAGAGCUGCGUCAACUCAAUAGCGAAGCCUAUAAUAACACUUCAAAAGGAUCCUUGCAGACUUUCUUGAGAGCAGACGUUGGCUCAAUCUCUAACCAACCCUUGAGGUAUAGAGCAGGUUCCUAUCAUGAAGAAGAUGUCUUUGAUCGCAUUUGGCAGCCUUACGACUCCGAGGAUUGGUCACAGAUUAUGACCAAUAACCGUGUAUAUGGCUACAAUAUAUACCAGCCGCCAGAGAUUGCUAUGAUGACGGCCUCUGCUCCAAAAGACCCGGACGCUCCUAUGAACAUUUCGCUAACCAGUGUGGAACCGGGUUCACAAUUUUACGUUUGCCUGCACUUUUCUGAGAUCCAAGAUCUCAAACCUAAUGAAACAAGAGAGUUUCAUAUCAUGUACAAUGGCAGGAUUAUCCUCAGAGCCUUUAGGCCGAGAAGAUUACACACUUUCUCCCAAGUAAUUGAUCAGGAAGUCGGUCCUAAUGCCAACGGAGAGUACACUUUUUCGUUUCAAAGGACCUUGGAUUCCACGCUACCUCCUCUGCUGAACGCCAUGGAGGUAUACAUUAUGAAACCCUUAGGGCAACAAGCAACGGAUAAAACAGAGGUCGAUGCAAUUGAUCGAAUAAAGUCUAGGUGGGGUAGGGAGAAGAUUGAUUGGGAAGGUGACCCGUGUGUUCCACAUGAAUACAUGUGGAACGGUCUUAAAUGCAAGUAUAAACACAACAAACACCCUAGAAUCGUUUCUCUGAACUUGACGGCCAGCGGUUUAAUCGGGGAGAUACCAGACACGUUAUCAAAUCUAACUUCACUAGAAGUACUUGAUUUGUCUAACAACAAUCUGACAGGUUCGGUCCCAGAGUUUUUGGCUGAUAUGGAAUCAUUGAAAUUCAUAAAUCUAUCAUGCAAUGAGCUAAAUGGUCUAAUAAUCCCUAAACGUCUCCUUGAUAGAGCACAAAAAGGAUUGGUUAUACUAAGCGUCGAUGAAUUUCCCGGGGUAUCCGUCAUUGUAUUUAUCUGCAAGAGGAAAAGAAUACCCGAUCGACAUCCCAGUUCAGAAAAUAAUAAUCUUCAGCAAUGGGAUCAAAGUAGCUUCUCAGACAUUGCACAAAACGUGUUCACAUACGAAGACUUGGCUCAAGCAACUGGUAACUUCUCCAGCACCAACCUCAUUGGACAAGGUGGGUUUGGCUAUGUUCACAGAGGAGUUAUUUCCGAUGGAACCGAGGUUGCCAUUAAACAGCUUAAAGCUGGAAGCAGACAAGGCGAACAAGAGUUUCUAGCGGAGAUAGAGAUCAUUAGUAGAGUCCAUCAUAAACAUCUUGUUUCACUCCUUGGUUAUUGCAUAACCGGAUGUCAAAGACUCCUUGUUUACGAGUUUGUGCCUAAUAAGACUCUGGAGUUUCAUCUGCACGAGAAAGAAGCACCGGUAAUGGAGUGGGCAAAAAGGAUGAAGAUUGCCUUGGGUUCAGCUAAAGGACUGUCAUACUUGCAUGAUGACUGUAACCCGAAAACAAUACACAGAGAUGUAAAGGCUGCAAAUAUUUUAAUUGAUAAUAGCUAUGAGCCAAAGUUAGCAGAUUUUGGACUCGCCAGGUCUUGUUCAGACACUGAAACUCAUGUUUCCACUCGGGUUAUGGGAACAUUCGGUUACUUGGCCCCUGAAUAUGCCUCUUCUGGGAAACUCACUGACAAAUCAGAUGUCUUCUCGUUCGGAGUGGUGCUUCUCGAAUUGAUAACGGGACGCCGACCUUUUGAUAUGUCAAUGCCAUUUCCUGACGAUGAGAGCAUCGUUGAUUGGGCGAAACCUUUGAUGACAAAAGCUCUCAAGGAUGGCAAGUUUGACGGUUUUGUUGACCUGCGAUUAGAGAAUGACUUUGAUGUCAUCGAAAUGACGAGAGUGGUUGCUUGCGCUGCUGCUAGCGUCCGCCAUUCAGCCAACCGCCGCCCAACAAUGAGCCAGAUUGUUCGAGUAUUUGAAGGCAACUUAUUUCUAGAUGACGUAAGUGACGGAACUGCUUCAGAACACAGCACUAGUUACAGCUUAGACGGGAGCUCGGGAUUACUGCUCAACACAAUACAGAGAGGAUUUGAAGAAAUUCAGGAAAAUGAAUUUGAUCGGUGGAAAAUGGCACUUGAAAGCCAUACAUUCGGUAGCAGUGGUGUGACAAGCGAAAAUGUUCAGAACUCAGAACCAUCAGGCUCGUCUAGCAUGACCGUAAGGCUAAUGUAACUCGUCAGACCAUACCGAACGAGAAAACUGAUAAGUUCCGUGAAGAAGAGACUCAGGCCAAAACAGAGGAUCUUAGCCAAUAGAGUCCGGAUCGGUUUAAGUCUUUCUAAAAUAACCCUAAAGUAUUUUUUUAUGUUUAUCAUUUAUGCCCCCUUUCCCUUUAAACGUUAUAAAAGAAAUGACAAUUA